GUUGGCUCCUGACUGGCGCGCGGGCGGUCCCCGCUCGCCCAUCCCUAGCUUUCCGCACAGUCUCGCCGCCAUGGUGCCGCUCGUAGUACCUCUACUUCUUAACAGCUGCCUGGCGCUCCAGACCAGCGUGACCUCCAGGCUUCCUGCGGCGGGGUGCCGCGAUGCGGUCCCGGGCGACUGGUGUCACACCGCGCUCGCGUGGGCGAAAGAGAAAGGCGCCACGGAGCACCCGGAAUGGUUUCCAGGGGACGUGGGCGAGUACACGGCCCGGGACUUCCAGUCGCUGAUGCACCAGCUCGGCGUGGCCCAGUGCACGCCGCCCUGCGCCCCAGAGCACGUCGAGCGGCAGCACGCGGUGGUGCUUCUGCAGUCUGGCGAGGCCCUGGCUCAGGGCUUCGGCGCCUCCGAGCUCGAGGAGCUGCUGGCGAGCACCUGGGCGCCGAGGGCUGCGGCGGGCAGCCCCGCACAGUCGCCCGACGGCCCCGCCGCCGCCGCGAGCAUGUCCGACUGCGAGGACGCGGCAGAGGGCAGCCUUUGCCACCGCUCCGUGGCGUGGCUGCGUGAGAGUGGGUUCGCGAUGCACCCCGAUUGGUACCCGGGGCUCUCGAGCGACACGCCCUUCGAGCAUGUCCAGAUGAUACUCUAUUCCCUCGGCAAGGUGGGCUGCAAGAAGCCGUGCCAGAAGGCACUCGAGAUGGUGCCCGACGGCCAGUACAACAGCAGCGAAGCAGUCGCGCAACCUCCGCACAGCACCUGUGGCGACGCGGCCCCAGGCGGCUGGUGCUCGAAGUCCAUCCAGUGGCUCAGGUUCUACGGCUUCGCUCAUCACCCCGACUGGUACCCGAGCCUCGGCCCCGGGUCCACCGACAGGGAGAUGCAGACCGUCUUGCACCAGCAUGGCAAGGCCCAGUGCCCCAAGCCGUGCUCGGAGCGCGGCGCAAUCGACGCGCUCGAGGAGCCCGCGGUGGCAGCGGAGCCGGCGGCGGAGCCCGAGCCCCCGAGAGCGGCGGAGCUCGUCUGCAGCACUGCCGGGGAGGGCUCGGCCUGCUUCGACGAGGUGGUGGCCCAGAUGGAGGGGGUCCGGGAGCACCCAGAGCUGCACCCGUGGAUCACGAACGCUUCUAGCUUCGAGGAGGUGCAGGGGAUUCUCUUUGACCGCAUGGAGGCGGGCUGCACCAGACCGUGCCCCGCAGAGAACUCGACACGGCUGCUUGCCGACGGUGGCUCCGAGAUGAAGAAGCCAUAUGGGGAGAUGACGAUGGAGGAAGCGCAGGCCUACAUGGACGGCAAGUGGGAUGGCAUGGGUACGUUUCCCGAGUCCACUUCCCUCGACGACACCGUGGCCUGGAAAGCCACGACUUCGGCGCCAGUCUCGACGACGGAGGCGGUGCAAACUGCAGAGGCCCUUGCGGAGGACUCUGUGGAGAACGCAUCGGCGCCCACCUCGACGGCGGUGCAAGCUGCAGAGGCCGACGCGGAGGACUCUGCGCAGAACGCAUCGGAGCCCAAGCCCUCGGCGCACGAUGGGCCCUCGGCCGCAUGGGGCGCCACAGAGACCGCGGCUGUGACUCCGUUCGAGCUGGGGCCGAGUGUGCCAGUGGAGGUCUUGCCCGUGGACGACGGCAUGGAGACCCGCGCGGAGAGGGUGGAGGGAGCGAGCGGCACCGGGGGCACGGAGACCGCCGUGCAGAGCAGGGCCGAGCUUGCGAGGCAGGCGGAGCCUGGUGCGCCCGAGGAGGCCUCGGCCGGAGAGCCUGCCGCGGCGAUCCCGGCAGUCGAGAGCGCACCUUUGCCAGAGGCGGGGGUGCCCGCCCUGGACGAGGAGCCCCUGCCCCUCGUGGGCGAGAGCGGCGUGACGGAGGGCCCCGCCAGGGAGGCGGGCUCGCAGGUGGACGCCGAGCUCGCUGCUCGCCCUGUCCUGGCCGCCGAGGAGCAGAGCAACGCGAGCCAGCCUGCUGAGGUGAGCAGCAGCGCUGCCAUGCCUGGCAGUGCGAACGGCGACGCCGUCGAGCCUACCGAGGAUGAGAGCGACGCGACCGGCGCUGCCCCAGAGGCCGACCAGGCCGACGUCGAGGUGGUGAGUCUGGAGCCGCUGCCCCUGGUCGCCGGCGACGAGGUGGUGCACUCAGCGGUGGAGGAACAAAUUUCUGAAGAGACGCAGAACAGGAGUGGGCAGGAGCUUCUCAAGGAUGCCGCUGUGGUCCUCGACACGCACGCGGAUGUUCCUGCCGAGGUGGCCAACGAGACUAGCGAGGCGCCGGAGGGGAUGGCGGUCAGCGAGAUUCGCGAGGACCUUUCGAACGAGACGUCCGCAAGCACCACGCACGCAGAGAUGGGGAGCAGGACCGGGGAGGACUUCCUGGCCGCCGAGGAGCAGAGCAACGCGAGCCAGCCUGCUGAGGUGAGCAGCAGCGCUGCCAUGCCUGGCAGUGCGAACGGCGACGCCGUCGAGCCUACCGAGGAUGAGAGCGACGCGACCGGCGCUGCCCCAGAGGCCGACCAGGCCGACGUCGAGGUGGUGAGUCUGGAGCCGCUGCCCCUGGUCGCCGGCGACGAGGUGGUGCACUCAGCGGUGGAGGAACAAAUUUCUGAAGAGACGCAGAACAGGAGUGGGCAGGAGCUUCUCAAGGAUUCCGCUGUGGUCCUCGACACGCACGCGGAUGUUCCUGCCGAGGUGGCCAACGAGACUAGCGAGGCGCUGGAGGGGAUGGCGGUCAGUGAGAUUCGCGAGGACCUUUCGAAUGAGAUGUCCGCAAGCACCGCGCACGCAGAGAGGGAGACCAGGACCAGGGAGGACUUCGUGGAGACGUUCAAUACCACGCCCGCAGAGAUCCCUGGCCAAUCCGCGCCCUCAGAAACUCUUGCUGAGAUGGAGAGAAGGAUCCGGGAGGAGGUCCUGACGGGGAUGACAGCCAGCACUACGCCAGCAGAGAUUUCAGCCGGAAUGGCGAACGAGAGUGAAGAGGAUCGUCUGGAGGAAGUGUCCGUCAGCACCGCGCCCGCAGAACCCCCUGCAGGCAUGUUCAGCAGGAUCCGGGAGAAGGUCCUGAAGUGGAUGACAGCCAGCACCACGACCGCUGGAACUCCCUCCGACAAGGCACCCCAGAUAGGGGAGGAUGCACGCCUCAAGGAGAUAGCUGCCAGCACGCCCGCGGAGACCCCUGCUGAAGUCGAGAGCAGGACUAGGGAUGAGCUCCUGCGGGAGUCUGCGGCUGAGACCACCGUGCCCCUGGAGAUACAGGACGAGAUGUCAGCCAGCAUAAGGGCUGAGGUGCUGCACGAGCUCGAGGAAAAGUCGCAGAGGCAGAAGCAGGAGAUGAAGGACGGCGUCAGGCGUGAGCUGCUUGCCGAGAUGGGCAAAGGUGAACACGCGGACCUGCCAGGGAACAAGGAGGACCUUGAGUGAAACUGGCUGGGAUUAUCUAGUACCUGUUUGACGACUGAAGACCCGUCGUUGCGCAGACUUUUUACCUGACGUUGUCGCUAGGCCUGAUUGAGGUCGGCGGCGACUACACCUGAGCCUUCAUUUUGUUCAGUACAGAGCCCCUUAGUGGUUCUCUCCAACGUCGCACAGAUCUCCUUCAGUGGUUCUUGUCCUCCUCCUCCUCCUCCUCCUCCUCCUCCUCAUCCUCUCCCUCCUCAAGAGGUCUGUUGUUGUCUCCUCAUCAUGGCUCCUGAUCUGCUGUCUGCUGAUACAACUUGCGGAGGCCCUUGGACGACUCUGCGCGUUUUUAAGCAGCCAACAUUGUUGGGAUGUGACGCCCUGGUCCCGGUCGCCUGGCGUGCCCUUGAUUUUUCAUUGUCGCUGGGCCUGAUUGAAGCCGGCGGCGACUGCAUCUGAGUCCUCUUUUUGUAUAAAAGAGAUGGGCCAACGAGGUUUCAAGAAGGCCCAAGGCAGCCCGAAGAUAGUCCAACAUGACCCGAAUCAUGC